AUGCCAGGUCCGAAAGCCCAGAGCUCCGGACGGGUGGUGAAAUUCCGCCGCACGGGGGAGAGCGCUCGGUCAGAGGACGAUGCAGCUUCCGGGGAGCAUGACGUCCAGAUCGAGGGGGUCCGAGUGGGCCUAGAAGCCGUGGAGCUGGACGAUGGAGCGGCUGUCCCCAAGGAGUUUGCCAAUCCCACUGAUGACACUUUUAUGGUGGAAGAUGCGGUGGAAGCCAUUGGGUUUGGAAGAUUUCAGUGGAAGCUGUCCGUUCUCACCGGCUUGGCUUGGAUGGCGGACGCCAUGGAGAUGAUGAUCCUCAGCAUCCUGGCGCCCCAGCUGCACUGCGAGUGGCGACUGCCCAGCUGGCAGGUGGCACUGCUGACAUCGGUGGUCUUCAUCGGCAUGAUGUCCAGUUCCACACUCUGGGGAAACAUCUCGGAUCAGUACGGCAGGAAAACAGGGCUGAAGAUCAGCGUGCUCUGGACCCUGUACUACGGCAUCCUCAGCGCCUUCGCGCCUGUGUAUAGCUGGAUCCUGGUGCUCCGAGGCCUGGUGGGCUUUGGGAUCGGAGGGGUGCCCCAGUCGGUGACGCUGUACGCAGAGUUCCUUCCCAUGAAAUCCAGAGCCAAGUGUAUUUUGCUGAUUGAGGUCUUCUGGGCCAUCGGAACCGUGUUCGAGGUGCUUCUGGCGGUGUUCGUGAUGCCCAGCCUGGGCUGGCGCUGGCUGCUCCUGCUCUCGGCCGCCCCGCUGCUCCUCUUUGCCGUUCUGUGUUUCUGGCUGCCAGAGAGCGCCAGGUACGACGUGCUGUCGGGGAACCAGGAAAAGGCAAUUGCUACUUUAAAGCGGAUCGCGACGGAAAAUGGAGCCCCCAUGCCACUGGGAAAGCUCAUCAUCUCUAGACAGGAAGACCGAGGCAAAAUGAGGGACCUUUUCACACCCCACUUUCGUUGGACGACUCUGCUGCUGUGGUUUAUAUGGUUCUCCAAUGCCUUCUCUUAUUAUGGCUUGGUUCUGCUCACCACAGAACUCUUCCAAGCGGGAGAUGUCUGCAGCAUCUCCAGCCGGAAGAAGGCGGUGGAAGCCAAAUGCAGCUUAGCUUGUGAGUACCUGAGCCAAGAGGAUUACAUGGACCUGCUGUGGACCACCCUGUCUGAGUUCCCAGGCGUCCUUGUGACUCUGUGGGUCAUCGACCGACUGGGCCGCAAGAAGACCAUGGCUCUGUGCUUCGCCAUCUUCUCGCUCUGCAGCCUCCUGCUGUUCAUCUGCAUUGGAAGAAAUGUGCUAACCCUCUUACUAUUCAUCGCAAGAGCGUUUAUUUCUGGAGGCUUCCAAGCAGCCUAUGUUUACACACCUGAGGUGUAUCCCACGGCGACGAGGGCGCUGGGCCUGGGCACCUGCAGCGGCAUGGCGAGAGUGGGCGCGCUCAUUACUCCGUUCAUAGCUCAGGUGAUGCUGGAAUCUUCCGUGUAUCUGACCCUGGCCGUCUACAGUGGCUGCUGCCUCCUGGCUGCUGUGGCCUCCUGCUUCCUGCCCAUCGAGACCAAAGGCCGAGCGCUGCAGGAGUCCAGCCACCGCGAGUGGGGCCAGGAGAUGGUUGGCCGAGGGACCAACAGCACAGGUGUUCCCAGGUCGAACUCGGGCUCUCAGGAGUAG